AUGGUUGGUUUGGAUUACGAGAACCAAAUGAACUACACGUUGACGAUCACUGCUAUGGAUAUGCGAAGUCAAGUGACAUCCGAUAAGCAGUUUCAUAUUAUUUUACGAGACAAGAACGAUGUGGUACCACGCUUCACUGUGGAUCGUUUCACGGGCACAAUUGAAGAGGAACAAACACCAAUCGAGUUUAUGGAAAGGUAG